AUGUAUUUGUUAUUUCGAAGAAUAUUGACUGGAUUAUUCAAGCUAUUGUCAAUUAUCAGAUGUCUAAGAUAAAUUAUAGUUUAGUAUGUUGCAUUCAACCCUCCAGAAGUAGGUUAUUUAAUACGAAACAGAAAUGAAGUAAUUAAAGCUCUCACCCUUUCACCUAUGUAAGAAGAGAGAUCUAAGACUUUUGAUGAACGAUAAUCACCAUUAGUAUAAACAAAAUAGCCAAGAAGACAAUCACACUAAUUAACAAAGGAACAUCUUUUUACUUUUUAUCCAAGAAUUAAAUACUAUAAUACUUUAUAGAGUGCAGAAUAUAAAUAACAAAUGAGAAACCCAAAGAAUUAAGAGUAUGAAAAUAUAAUACAUAAGCUAAUAUCCCUCACAAGAGUUUAAUUUUAUAAGCAAUGAAUUGAAAGCAAUGGAAAUUGAUAAUAAUCCUGGAUUGCCUAUUUCUAGUUAUGUAUUAGAAUCAAAAUCUGGCAAUUUGAUUGCAUCUAUUUAUAUUGAAUAUUAAAAAAGCCAACAGAUUAUUCUCUAUAGUCAUGGCAAUUCUACAGAUAUUGGUCUGAUGUUUGAUACAUAUGUUGAUAUAGUCAUGGAGUGUAAAAUAAAUUUAUUCUCUUAUGAUUAUUCAGGAUAUGGAUAAAGUACAGGAUAUCCUACUGAUAUAAACUUGCUUUAUGAUAUAGAAUCAGCUUAUAUCUUUUUAGUUGAUUAAUUGUAGUUUGAACCAAGAAAUAUAAUCGUAUAUGGUUAUAGUAUUGGAUCUGGACCAAGUACUAACCUAGCUUCUAGACAUAAUGUAGGAGGAUUAAUUAUUCAUUCUGGUUUAUCAAGUGGUCUAAGAGUUAUUGAUCCUAAAAUUUAACAAACAUCAUAUUAUGAUAUAUUUCCUAAUAUAGAUUACAUAGUUGAUGUCACUGCUCCAAUUUACUUACUUCAUGGAGGAGCUGACUCUAUGAUCAAUGUUGUUCAUGCUGAGUAAUUAGCUUAAAAUGCAAACCAUUUAUUCUCUGUUUGGCUUGUAGAAAAUGGAGGUCAUGGAGAUAUUGAAUCAUAAUGGAAGAAAUUAUAUUUUAAAAGACUUAAGCGUUUCUUACAAUGUAUUUUUUUAUUUAUUUUAGAUUGUUCAACUGCUUAUAUUAUUAGACCACUUCAAAAACUAAAAAAACGAACUUCUUAACAUAUUUAUGAUGAAUAUAACUUUGAUUAAGAGAACUUUUAAAUAAAUCUACUAGAAAUGUGA